GGUGGAAGCUCAUGCUGGCGUAGCGGCGUAUUUUUUGGUGGUUUGGCUGUGAAUACUUUAGCGUGGCGAUGGCAUGGAAUUGCCCUUUGAGCGAAGCCUUCAGUCAUUUUGAAAAUUGAAUUUUUAAAGUCAAAAUCCUCUCAGAUAUUUCAUCCUGCGGGCUUAAUGUUACUCGAGAAGGGAAGGGGGAAACUGUUCCCAUGGCUUGUGGGGAGUGCAGCGCUUCAGCACUCACUCAGGAUCCAGCAAGUAGGAAUAUCAGCCACUUCCAGCACAGAGAACUGACGUGCAGAUAGCAGAACCCUGCUGCAAGGUGAAUCAUGAUUCCAGUCACCGAGCUGCGCUACUUCGCUGAUACUCAGCCGGCCUAUCGCAUCCUGAAGCCGUGGUGGGACGUCUUCACCGACUACAUUUCCAUAGUGAUGCUGAUGAUCGCCGUGUUCGGAGGGACGCUCCAGGUCACCCAGGACAAAAUGAUUUGUUUGCCCUGUAAAUGGGUUACCAAAGACUCGUGCAAUGACUCUGUCAGGGGAUGGACAGUGGCAGCCCCGGAGCGUACCUACUACAACACUAGUCUUGUUGCCUCUGCUGAUUCGGGGCCUACCGGGAUCCGAUACGAUCUGGACCGGCACCAGUACAACUACGUGGAUGCGGUGUGUUACGAGAACCGUCUUCACUGGUUUGCCAAGUAUUUUCCUUAUCUAGUGCUGCUACAUACCCUCAUCUUUCUGGCUUGUAGCAACUUCUGGUUCAAGUUCCCAAGGACCAGCUCCAAGCUGGAGCAUUUUGUGUCUAUUUUGCUUAAAUGUUUUGACUCUCCAUGGACAACGAGAGCAUUGUCUGAGACGGUGGUGGAAGAGAGUGAUACCAAACCAGCAUUUGGAAAAAUGAAUGGCUCCAUGGACAAGAAAUCCUCCACAGUCAGUGAGGAUGUGGAAGCCACUGUUCCCAUGCUGCAGAGAACAAAGUCUCGAAUUGAGCAAGGGAUUGUGGACAGGUCUGAGACUGGUGUCUUGGACAAAAAGGAAGGUGAGCAAGCCAAAGCACUCUUUGAAAAAGUGAAAAAGUUCCGUACUCAUGUGGAAGAGGGAGACAUAGUUUAUCGCCUGUACAUGAGACAGACCAUAAUCAAAGUAAUCAAGUUCAUUCUGAUAAUUUGCUAUACUGUGUACUAUGUCAACAACAUAACAUUUGAUGUAGACUGCAAAGUGGACAUUGAGAGCUUGACUGGCUACAGGAUGUACCGCUGUGCUCAUCCUUUGGCCACUCUCUUCAAAAUCUUGGCUUCUUUCUACAUCAGUCUGGUGAUUUUCUAUGGUUUGAUCUGCAUGUACACACUGUGGUGGAUGUUGAGGCGGUCGCUCAAGAAAUACUCCUUUGAGUCCAUCCGGGAGGAGAGCAGUUACAGUGACAUUCCUGAUGUGAAAAAUGACUUUGCCUUCAUGCUCCAUCUGAUCGAUCAGUACGACCCCCUCUACUCCAAGCGCUUUGCUGUCUUUCUGUCAGAGGUGAGUGAGAACAAAUUGCGGCAGCUGAACCUCAACAAUGAGUGGACUUUGGAGAAACUACGCCAGAGGAUCACCAAAAACUCUCAGGAUAAGCUGGAAUUGCAUCUUUUCAUGUUGAGUGGCAUUCCUGACACAGUCUUUGACCUCAUUGAGUUGGAGGUCUUGAAGCUGGAGCUUAUCCCUGAUGUCACUAUUCCCCCCAGCAUUGCUCAGCUCACCAGCCUUAAGGAACUGUGGCUCUACCACACAGCUGCCAAAAUUGAGGCCCCAGCCCUUGCCUUCUUGAGGGAGAAUUUGAAAUCUCUCCACAUCAAGUUCACAGACAUUAAGGAGAUUCCUCUUUGGAUUUAUAGCCUGAAGACACUAGAGGAGCUUCACCUGACAGGGAAUUUGAGCGCUGAAAACAACCGGUACAUCGUGAUAGAUGGACUGAGGGAGCUGAAGAGGCUGAAGGUGUUGAGAAUGAAGAGUAACCUCACCAAACUGCCGCAGGUGGUGACAGAUGUUGGUGUCCAUCUUCAGAAGCUUUCCAUCAACAAUGAGGGCACCAAGCUCAUUGUCCUCAACAGCCUUAAGAAGAUGGUCAACCUGACAGAGCUCGAGCUGAUCCGGUGUGACUUGGAACGCAUUCCUCACUCUAUCUUUAGCCUCCACAAUCUGCAGGAAAUAGACCUGAAGGACAACAACCUAAAGACUAUUGAGGAAAUCAUCAGCUUCCAGCACUUGCAUCGUCUCACUUGCCUUAAGUUGUGGUACAACCACAUUGCCUACAUCCCCAUGCAGAUAGGCAACCUGACCAACUUAGAACGCCUUUACCUGAACCGUAACAAGAUAGAAAAGAUCCCUACCCAGCUCUUCUAUUGCCGAAAACUUCGGUACUUGGAUCUCAGCCACAACAACUUAACUUUCAUACCACCAGAUGUUGGACUUCUUCAAAACCUGCAGAAUCUGGCUGUGACAGCCAACAGGAUUGAGAGUCUCCCCCCAGAGCUGUUCCAGUGCAGGAAGCUGAGAACCUUGAACCUGGGGAACAACGUGCUGCAGUCCCUGCCCUCCCGGGUGGGAGAGCUGACCAACCUGUCGCAGAUAGAGCUGCGCGGGAACCGCCUGGAGUGCUUGCCCGUGGAGCUGGGAGAGUGCCCGCUGCUGAAACGCAGUGGGCUCGUGGUGGAGGAGGACCUGUUCAACACCCUGCCCCUGGAAGUCAAAGAGCGCCUGUGGAGGGCAGACAAAGAGCAAGCGUGAACCCCUGAGAAAAGGGGAAAGCCUCUGAUCAACUAGAAGGAAGCAAAAGGCCACUUCAGUCCCCUUUCACCCAGAUGCUCCCCUUUCUCCACUCCAAUCACUAUCAAACUGGCCAAGGAGUACUUGACAAACAUGACUCUGAAUGAGUCAGCUUCUUGCCUCAGAUGCAGAAUGGGGGAGGCUUGGGAUCAGGAUGAGGAUCAAGACAGAUUAAUGGCCUCUGAGCAGGGCCCAGAGGGAAUUAGAGGUGUUGCUGUUCUUCUGGACAGGAAUUGGGGUGAGAUGGAUGGUGCUGGUGAGAAGAAAUGACCUUUGAACGGAGGAGAAAAUGAAUGUGGGGAUUGCUGCAUUGCUCCUAAUAGGGCUUACAUGUGUCAGGGACUGAGGGAGUUCAGUGUCCUGCAAGCAAAGAUCAAGAGACAAGGAAACCUCUUGAACCUCCAUCUCUGUGACAGCUGAUACUGCUCCCCAGAUUCAGUCAGUGAGCCCCCAGACUGGGGUGGGAUAGGACACAGACAGCUGAUUUUAUCUAGAUGCUGGCAUUAGGAUUUGGGAGAUAAACAUCUCACAGCUGCUUGAAGGCAGAAUUUUUUUUUUUUUACUAAUUUUCUUUCCCCUUUGCACACUCCCCACCUUCUCCUCUGCCCCUGGAGAAGGAACCAAACCUUUAAGAUUGCACUACUGUAAUGGUUUCAAGUCACUUGUUCAGGUGAGUAGAUCACAGCAUCCUUCUCCAGCUGAUGUCCUGGAGGCACUAACUGACACAGUUCCAGAGCUUUAGCCUGUUCUGAAAUGGAUGGUUAUAGUGCAGGUGGGAGGUCUGGAUGAAAAGCAGUUGGACUGUCUAAUCUACUCUCUCAGAAGCAUUGAGUUGCUUCUGGCUUUUAGUUCCAAGUUACUUUUUAAUUGCUGAUGUUUUGUUGCAUAUCAAGUAGAAUUGUACAACUGGCCAGUGUGUCAGGGGCUCUCAUGGGGUUGGAGAGGAAAUUUGGGUUUCCUCUGCACCUCUUGUCCCCCAUUCUGCCUUCUCCCUAAAUUAAGUUGUUCAGUGCUCUGCCAGUAUUUUUCAUGGAUGCAGUCUGGAGAGCUGCUUGAUUGUUCUCUUCUGUUGUUCCCCUCACUUUAACAGCUGUCAGUUCCUGUUACACCUCUUGACCUAAAUAAGAGGCUGAUGCUGAUUGAACCUGGUGCUGGAAAAGAAAUCUUGUCCUCUUGUUUGUUCCUUCCCUUUUCAUUCCCUCAGUGUUAAGGAGGAGAAUGAGAAUCCUCUGUGGACUGAGCUCUUCUGACUUCCUGAAACAAAGCAGCCUUUACUGAAACAAGUCUGACCUGUUUGGUGGUAUUUGUCAAAAAACCCCUCAACCUUCUGGGCUGGCAGAGGUAGAUAAUGUGUAACAGUUACUGAUUAUCAUGUCCUUAAGGUGGGGUGGUUAAGAUGCCUCUGGGACACAAAGGUCUUCAUUUUUCCAUCAGAAGGAAGAGGAGGUGCCUGGACCUACAGGUCCUGGUUGUAAUAUUCUGCAUCAGACCAACAGGUCAGCUCCAAGGUGCAGUGCUGCAAGCUGGGGCAUGAGAAGUUUGGAGGCCUCCCAUGUGUACAAAGGGGAAACUACAUCUGCUCCAGUGAUUCCUGACAAUCUGCCAGCAAGUGCCCUGGCUUAUCACCUGGCUUGUGGUGAUCCCAUGGAUGUUGGGGCAAUAAGGCCCAGUGUGGCUCUCUUCAUCAGAUGUAAGAUAUGAAAUAUAUAUAUACUAAAUAUGCUGAAACCAUGAACAAUGUUAACUGGACUCUGGAUUUAUUGAUGUUCAGAUGCUUAAAUAAAGCUACAUUAAAAUCAGGA